AUGAAAGGGAUCUGCAAAGGGGAAAUCCGUGCAAAGGAGUCGAAAAUAGCAGACUUUGGGGACAGGGGAUGUACUAAAUGUGGCCGGCUGGACUUCAUGCUGCUGAAGACAAUGGGGAUUAAAAGUGGAUUUACAUUUUGGAACCUCGUCUUUUUAUUGCUGGUUUCCUAUGUGCAAGGGUUUAUUUAUACCUGUGGUGGAACUUUAAAAGGUCUUAAUGGCACUAUAGAAAGUCCUGGCUUCCCAUAUGGAUAUCCAAAUGGUGCAAACUGUACAUGGGUAAUAAUAGCAGAAGAACGAAACAGAAUACAGAUUGUUUUUCAGUCUUUUGCUCUAGAAGAGGAAUAUGAUUAUUUAUCAUUAUAUGAUGGACAUCCUCAUCCUGCAAACUUUAGGACAAGGUUAACAGGAUUUCAUCUUCCUCCACCUGUGACAAGUACAAAGUCUGUGUUUUCACUGCGUUUGACAAGUGACUUUGCAGUUAGUGCCCAUGGGUUUAAAGUAUACUAUGAAGAGUUACAGAGUAGUUCUUGUGGCAAUCCAGGAGUUCCACCAAAGGGUAUCUUGUCUGGUACGAAAUUUGAUGUUGGUGAUAAAAUCCGCUACAGCUGUGUAACUGGAUACAUUUUGGAUGGCCACCCUCAGCUUACCUGCAUAGCUAACUCAGUGAACACAGCAUCAUGGGAUUUCCCAGUUCCUAUCUGCAGAGCUGAAGAUGCAUGUGGAGGAACAAUGAGAGGAUCCAGCGGCAUGAUCUCCAGUCCCAAUUUUCCUAAUGAGUAUCAUAAUAAUGCAGAUUGUACAUGGACCAUUGUGGCAGAGCCUGGCGAUACCAUUUCACUCAUAUUUACUGAUUUUCAAAUGGAAGAAAAAUAUGAUUACUUGGAAAUAGAAGGUUCUGAACCACCAACAAUAUGGUUAUCUGGAAUGAAUAUACCCCCUCCAAUUAUCAGCAACAAAAACUGGCUCAGACUUCAUUUUGUAACGGACAGCAACCACCGAUACCCUGGAUUUAGUGCUCCCUAUCAAGGUUCUUCCAGUUUGACCAAAACUGCCUCCACUGGUGAGUUAGAGGAGCAUAUUGCGGCUACUACUGGUGCUAUUACUGUUGCUAGCACAUCUGCUGAUGUUACUGUAUCCAGUGUUACUGCUGUCACCAACCAUAGACUUUCCGAAGAGCAGCGAGUGCAAGCUAUGAAUCUCAGAAAAUCAAUUCUGGAACCCGCCACUUCCAAGGAAAUGCUCUCCCUUCAUCAAGCAAACAUACAAAGUGCAAGAAGAAGACCAAGAAAUGCUGAGCAGAUAGAAAGAACUAAAGAACUUGCAGUUGUUACUCAUCGAGUGAAAAAGGCCAUAGAUUUUAAAUCUAGAGGAUUUAAAUUGUUUCCAGGGAAAGACAACAGCAACAAGUUUUCUAUCUUAAAUGAAGGAGGUAUUAAACAGGCAUCCAAUUUGUGUCCAGAUCCUGGAGAGCCAGAAAAUGGAAAACGACUAGGCUCAGAUUUUAGCUUGGGAGCAACAGUACAAUUCUCCUGUGAUGAAGACUAUGUGUUGCAGGGGGCAAAAAGUAUCACCUGUCAGAGGAUAGCUGAAGUGUUUGCUGCAUGGAGUGAUCAUAGACCCAUGUGUAAAGUAAAGACUUGUGGAUCUAAUCUUCAGGGACCCAGUGGCACCUUCACAUCACCCAAUUUUCCAUUCCAAUAUGACAGUAAUGCUCAAUGUGUUUGGGUCAUCACAGCUAUACAUACCAAUAAGGUUAUUCAGAUAAAUUUUGAAGAAUUUGAUCUGGAGAUUGGCUACGACACACUGACAAUUGGUGACGGAGGGGAAGUCGGUGAUCCUAAAACUGUGCUGCAAGUGUUAACGGGAAGUUUUGUACCAGAUUUAAUUGUGAGCAUGAACAGUCAGAUGUGGUUACACCUUCAAACGGAUGAAAGUGUGGGCUCAAUUGGCUUCAAGGUGAACUACAAAGAAAUUGAAAAGGAAAGUUGUGGGGAUCCUGGAACACCAUUGUAUGGUAUCAGAGAAGGGGAUGGAUUUUCCAACCGGGAUAUUUUAAGGUUUGAGUGUCAGUUUGGAUUUGAAUUAAUUGGAGAGAAAUCCAUUGUGUGUCAGGAGAACAACCAGUGGUCUGCAAACAUUCCAAUUUGUAUUUUUCCUUGCCUUUCUAAUUUCACUGCACCGAUGGGAACAGUUCUUUCACCUGAUUACCCAGAAGGAUAUGGAAAUAAUUUAAACUGCAUCUGGACAAUAAUCUCAGACCCAGGGAGCAGAAUUCAUCUCUCUUUUAAUGACUUUGACUUGGAAUCUCAAUUUGACUUCCUUGCAGUUAAAGAUGGUGACUCUCCAGAUUCUCCAAUACUUGGUACUUUCACUGGUGCUGAGGUUCCUUCGCAUCUUACCAGCAACAGUCAUAUCUUGCGUUUGGAAUUUCAAGCUGACCAUUCAAUGUCAGGACGUGGCUUUAACAUCACUUAUAACACUUUUGGACAUAAUGAGUGUCCUGAUCCUGGAGUACCAAUCAAUGCACGGCGUUUUGGUGACAACUUUCAAUUAGGGAGUUCAAUCUCAGUCAUUUGUGAAGAAGGAUUUAUUAAAACACAAGGAACCGAAACCAUUAGUUGUAUACUAAUGGAUGGGAAAGUAAUGUGGAGUGGACCUAUCCCUAGGUGUGGAGCUCCAUGUGGUGGGCAUUUUUCGUCUCCCAGUGGAGUAAUCCUCUCUCCAGGCUGGCCUGGGUACUAUAAAGACUCCUUGAAUUGUGAGUGGGUGAUUGAAGCUGAACCAGGACACUCUAUCAAAAUUACAUUUGAAAGAUUUCAGACUGAACUCAAUUAUGAUGUUUUGGAAGUUCACGAUGGACCAAAUCUCCUGUCUCCACUUCUGGGUUCUUACAAUGGUACACAGGUCCCACAGUUUCUGUUCAGUAGCAGCAAUUUCAUUUACCUUCUCUUUACAACAGACAACAGUCGUUCUAAUAAUGGAUUCAAGAUUCACUAUGAAAGUGUAACAGUUAAUACCUAUUCUUGUUUGGAUCCUGGCAUACCAGUUCAUGGACGUCGUUACGGUCAUGACUUCUCUAUUGGUUCCACUGUAUCAUUUAGUUGUGAUCAAGGAUAUAGGCUGAGCCAUGAAGAGCCUCUGCUAUGUGAAAAAAACCAUUGGUGGAGCCACCCGCUCCCAACUUGUGAUGCCUUAUGUGGAGGAGAUGUUAGAGGACCUAGUGGAACAAUUUUAUCCCCUGGUUAUCCUGAAUUGUACCCAAAUUCACUGAAUUGUACAUGGACUGUGGAUGUCACCCAUGGAAAAGGAGUGCAGUUCACCUUUCACACCUUUCAUUUGGAAGACCAUCACGACUACUUACUAAUUACAGAGAAUGGCAGUUUCACUCAGCCACUAGCACGCCUGACUGGAUCAGAACUUCCUUUGGCAAUCAACGCUGGUCUCUAUGGAAAUUUCAGGGCUCAGUUGCGCUUUAUUUCAGAUUUUUCAAUAUCAUAUGAAGGAUUUAACAUUACUUUCUCUGAAUAUAAUCUUGAACCUUGUGAGGAUCCUGGGAUUCCACCAUUUGGUAACCGAAUAGGAUUUAACUUUGGAGUCGGUGAUACUCUGACAUUCUCUUGUUCAUCUGGAUACCGUUUAGAAGGAGCUUUGGAGAUUAUCUGUCUUGGUGGUGGCCGACGUGUAUGGAGUGCACCUCUGCCAAGGUGUGUGGCUGAAUGUGGAGCCUCUGCAACAAAUAAUGAAGGAAUUUUGCUGUCCCCCAAUUACCCACUCAACUAUGAAAACAACCAUGAAUGCAUUUAUAGCAUUCAGGUACAAGCAGGGAAGGGAAUCAAUAUUUCAGCCAGAACAUUUCACUUAGCACAAGGAGAUGUUCUUAAGAUAUAUGAUGGAAAAGACAACACAGCUCACCUGCUGGGUGCAUUUACUGGGGCCUCAUUGAGAGGACUGACACUAAGUAGUACUUCAAAUCAUCUGUGGUUGGAAUUUAACUCAGAUACAGAGGGAACUGAUGAAGGUUUUCAGCUUGUUUACACCAAUUUUGAGCUUUCACACUGUGAGGAUCCUGGUGUGCCACAAUUUGGAUACAAGAUCAGUGACCAAGGCCAUUUUGCUGGCAGUACUAUCAUUUAUGGAUGCAAUCCAGGUUACACACUCCAUGGAAGUAGCCUUCUAAAGUGUAUGACAGGGGAAAGAAGGGCAUGGGACUAUCCUCUGCCAUCCUGUAUUGCUGAAUGUGGAGGCCGUUUUAAAGGAGAAUCAUCAGGAAGAAUCUUAUCUCCUGGCUAUCCUUUUCCCUAUGACAAUAAUCUGCGUUGUAUGUGGAUGAUUGAAGUAGAUCCAGGAAAUAUUGUCAGCCUCCAGUUUCUUGCUUUCGAUACCGAAGCAUCACAUGAUAUAUUACGAGUUUGGGAUGGGCCACCAGAAAAUGAGAUGCUACUCAAGGAAAUUAGUGGAUCUCUUAUUCCAGAAGGCAUUCACAGCACACUGAACAUAGUGACUAUCCAAUUCGACACAGACUUUUAUAUAAGCAAAUCUGGGUUCGCCAUCCAGUUUUCAAGCUCUGUAGCCACCGCCUGCCGUGAUCCUGGUGUUCCUAUGAAUGGAACUCGAAAUGGGGAUGGAAGAGAACCUGGAGACACUGUUAUUUUUCAGUGUGACCCUGGAUAUGAGCUUCAAGGAGAUGAGAGGAUAACCUGCAUUCAGGUAGAAAAUCGGUACUUCUGGCAGCCCAGCCCACCAGUCUGUAUAGCACCCUGUGGAGGAAACUUGACAGGCUCAUCAGGUUUUAUUCUUUCACCAAACUUUCCUCAUCCCUAUCCACAUAGUAGAGACUGUGACUGGAGUAUCGCUGUUAAUAACGACUAUGUUAUAUCAUUAGCAUUUAUCAGUUUCAGUAUAGAACCAAAUUAUGACUUCCUCUAUAUCUACGAUGGGCCAGACAGCAAUAGUCCACUAAUUGGGAGUUUUCAAGAUAGCAAGUUGCCAGAGAGGAUAGAGAGCAGCUCAAACAACAUGCACUUGGCUUUUCGGAGUGAUGGAUCUGUUAGCUUUACUGGUUUCCAUUUGGAGUAUAAAGCAAAACUACGUGAGUCCUGCUUUGAUCCUGGGAAUGUAAUGAAUGGCACAAGACUUGGAAUGGAUUAUAAACUGGGAUCAACAGUCACAUAUUACUGUGAUGCAGGUUAUGUUCUUCAAGGGUAUUCUACACUUACCUGUAUUAUGGGAGAUGAUGGAAGACCUGGGUGGAACAGAGCACUACCCAGCUGUCAUGUGGGAGGUACUUACCCUUAUAAUGGUCAGUUGUGCCUAAACUCCGUGGCCUUGCCUGAGGAUUUCUUGGUGUUUGGCCAGUUUGUAUUUUUCCAGACAUCGCUCCAUGAUGUGGUUGAGGUGUAUGAUGGCCCAACACAGCAAUCAUCUUUAUUAUCCUCCCUCUCAGGAUCCCAUUCAGGCGAAUCCCUUCCACUGAGCUCAGGUAAUCAAAUCACAAUUAGAUUUACUUCAGUGGGUCCAGUAACAGCUAAAGGUUUUCACUUUGUAUAUCAAGCUGUUCCAAGAACAAGUGCAACACAGUGCAGCUCUGUGCCUGAACCAAGAUUUGGAAAAAGGAUUGGAAAUGAAUUUGCAGUUGGUUCAUUGGUUCUUUUUGAGUGUAAUCCAGGAUACAUCCUCUAUGGAUCAAUAGCAAUUAGAUGUGAUUCAGUACUGAAUGCUUUGGCACAGUGGAACGAUUCCCUCCCUACAUGUGUUGUACCUUGUGGUGGAAUUUUAACUAAGCGCAAAGGAACCAUUUUGUCUCCUGGUUACCCUGAGCCUUAUGACAACAAUCUGAAUUGUGUGUGGAAGAUCACAGUGCCAGAGGGAGCUGGAAUUCAAGUGCAGGUUGUGAAUUUUGCUACGGAGCACAACUGGGACUCUUUGGACUUUUACGAUGGUGCUGACAACAAUGCUCCAAGGCUUGGAAGUUAUUCAGGAACUACAAUUCCUCCACUGCUCAACAGCACAUCUAACAACUUAUACCUAAACUUUCAGUCUGAUAUUAGUGUUUCAGCUGCUGGGUUUCAUCUUGAAUAUACAGCUAUAGGUUUGGACUCUUGCCCCGAACCACAGACCCCUAGCAAUGGAAUUAAAAUUGGAGAUAGAUACAUGGUUGGAGAUGUGGUCUCUUUCCACUGUGAUCAGGGAUAUUCCCUUCAGGGACAUUCACAUAUUACCUGUAUGCCUGGACCAGUGAGAAGAUGGAAUUACCCUAUUCCAAUAUGUUUAGCACAAUGUGGUGGUGCUAUGUCUGACUUCAGUGGAGUGAUUCUUAGCCCUGGGUUUCCUGGAAACUAUCCCAGCAGUUUAGAUUGCACAUGGACAAUAAAGCUACCUAUUGGGUUUGGUGUGCAUUUGCAAUUCGUAAAUUUCUCAACUGAGACAAUACAUGAUUACUUAGAAGUAAGAAGUGGAUCUACAGAAACUAGUACUGUUAUUGGGAGACUUAGUGGUCCUCAGUUACCAGCUUCUCUGUUUAGUACAACUCAUGAAACCAGCUUAUAUUUUCACAGUGACUACUCACAGAACAAACAAGGGUUUCAUAUUAUAUACCAAGCUUAUCAGUUGCAAAGCUGUCCUGACCCUCGGCCAUUCCGUAAUGGUUUUGUGAUUGGAAAUGACUUUACUGUAGGACAAACAAUUUCAUUUGAGUGUUUUCCUGGAUACACCUUAAUUGGAAAUUCAGCACUGACUUGUCUACACGGAGUCAGUCGUAAUUGGAACCAUCCUCUCCCCAGGUGUGAAGCUCUCUGUGGAGGAAAUAUAACUGCAAUGAAUGGCACCAUAUAUUCUCCUGGAUACCCUGAUGAGUACCCAAACUUUCAGGACUGCUUUUGGCUUGUCCGAGUACCACCUGGUAAUGGAAUCUAUAUCAAUUUUACUGUUCUUCAAACAGAGCCAAUAUAUGAUUUCAUAACUGUAUGGGAUGGGCCAGACCAAAGUUCUCCUCAGAUUGGCCAGUUUAGUGGCAACACUGCCUUGGAGUCUGUCUACAGUACUUCAAACCAGAUUCUCAUCAAGUUCCACAGUGACUUCACAACAAGUGGUUUCUUUGUGCUAAGUUAUCAUGCCUAUCAGCUUCGAGUGUGUCAACCUCCACCAACUAUACCAAAUGCUGACAUUUUGACUGAGGAUGAUGAAUUUGAAAUAGGGGACAUAAUAAGGUACCAGUGUCAUCCAGGCUUUACAUUGGUUGGUAAUGAAAUUCUAACAUGUAGAUUGGGAGAAAGACUUCAGAUGGAUGGAGUGCCACCUUCUUGUCAAGUGCUCUGCCCAGCCAAUGAAAUGCGUCUGGAUUCAACAGGAGUCAUACUGAGCCCAGGCUACCCUGACAGCUACCCAAACCUCCAAAUGUGCGCUUGGACCAUUACUGUGGAAAAGGGUUAUAAUAUCAGCAUGUUCUUUGAAUUCUUCCAGACAGAAAAGGAAUUUGAUAUACUUGAGGUGUUUGAUGGACCAAAUAGUCAUAGCCCAUUGCUUAUUUCCCUAAGUGGGGAUUUCUCAUCCUCUUUAAAUAUAUCCAGUAAUGGCCAUGAAGUGUUUCUCCGGUGGUCAGCAGAUCACGGCACCAACAAAAGAGGUUUCAGGAUAAGAUACAUAGCUCUUUAUUGUAGUACUCCUGAGUCCCCUCCACAUGGAUUCAUUGUCAGUCAGACAGGUGGACAGCUCAACAGUAUGGUUCGCUGGGCUUGUGAUCGAGGAUUUAGGCUUGUUGGGAAAAGUACCGCUGUAUGCAGGAAAUCUCCAUAUGGAUAUCAUGCAUGGGAUGCACCAGUCCCAGCUUGUCAAGCAAUAUCUUGUGGAAUUCCUAAAGCUCCAUUAAAUGGUGGAAUCUUAACUACAGAUUACUUGGUUGGCACCCGCGUUACUUACUUUUGCAAUGAUGGGUAUAGACUAUCAUCCAAGGAGCUUACUACUGCAGUCUGCCAGCCAGAUGGUACAUGGAGCAAUCAUAAUAAAACACCUCGUUGUGUAGUUGUUACAUGUCCAAGCAUCAAUUCCUUUACUUUGGAACAUGGGAGAUGGCGAAUAGUGAAUGGCUCACAUUAUGAGUACAAAACAAAAGUUGUUUUUAGCUGCGAUCCAGGCUAUUAUGGUUUGGGACCAGCAUCCGUUGAGUGUCUUGCUAAUGGAACAUGGAGUUGGAGAAACGAGAGGCCUUACUGCCAAAUUAUUUCUUGUGGAGAACUUCCUGUACCUCCCAAUGGGAAUAAGAUUGGAACUCAAAUCACAUAUGGAUCUACAGCUAUAUUUACCUGUGAUUCCGGAUUCAUGCUAGUUGGCUCUACUGUAAGGGAAUGUCUUUCUUCUGGACUCUGGAGUGGAACUGAGACCAGAUGCUUAGCUGGCCACUGUGGUGUUCCAGAUCUCAUAGUCAAUGGUCAAGUGAUUGGAGAGAAUUAUGGAUACAGAGACACAGUUGUGUACCAGUGCAACCCUGGUUUUCGCUUGAUUGGUUCUUCUGUACGAAUAUGCCAACAAGAUCACAAUUGGUCUGGUCAGCUUCCAUCCUGUGUGCCUGUUAGCUGUGGUCAUCCCGGAAGUCCGAUUUAUGGAAGAACAAGUGGAAAUGGUUUCAACUUCAAUGAUGUUGUGACUUUCUCUUGUAAUACUGGAUAUGCCAUGCAAGGGCCAACAAAAGCACAGUGUCAGGCUAAUAGGCAAUGGAGCCAUCCACCACCGAUAUGUAAAGUGGUCAACUGUUCUGAUCCUGGAAUCCCUGCAAAUUCCAUACGAGAAAGUAAAAUAGAACAUGGAAAUUUCACAUAUGGAACAGUGGUGUUUUAUGACUGCAAUCCUGGACAUUUUUUAUUUGGAUCUUCAGUUUUAGUCUGUCAACCAAAUGGUCACUGGGAUAAGCCACUACCUGAAUGUAUUAUGAUUGACUGUGGCCAUCCUGGCAUUCCUCCUAAUGCGAUCCUGUCUGGAGAGAAGUAUACAUUUGGGUCUACUGUUCAUUAUACCUGCACAGGAAGGCGAUCACUAUUAGGCCAAUCAUCUCGCACAUGUCAAUUAAAUGGACAUUGGAGUGGAUCUCUGCCUCAUUGCUCAGGUGACACUGCUGGUUCUUGUGGGGAUCCAGGAAUCCCAGGUCAUGGUUCUAGAGAAGACAGUGAUUUUAAAAUUAAAAGUACUGUACGUUUCAACUGUGAGAUUGGUUAUAUCCUUCAUGGGUCAGAAGAAAGAACAUGUUUGGGAAAUGGAACCUGGACAGGAAGACAGCCAGAGUGUAAAGCUGUGCAAUGUGGUAAUCCAGGAACAACCGCUAAUGGGAAAGUAUUUCGUAUAGAUGGCACGACAUUUUCUAAUUCGGUAAUUUAUUCCUGUAUGGAAGGAUACAUACUUUCUGGAUCUUCUGUGAGACAAUGUACUGCCAAUGGAACAUGGUCUGGAUCCUUGCCAAACUGCACAAUAAUCAGUUGUGGAGACCCAGGUGUACCAGCCAAUGGCUUGAGAUAUGGUGAUGAUUAUGUUGUUGGACAAAAUGUUACCUACAUGUGCCAACCCGGUUAUACAAUGGAAUUGAACAGCUCCAUAAUUCGCACCUGUACCACCAACGGCACAUGGAGUGGAACAAUCCCAACUUGUAAAGCUGUUACCUGCCCAACUCCUCCCCAGAUCUCUAAUGGAAGGUUGGAAGGAACAAAUUUUGACUGGGGAUUUAGUAUUAGCUAUGUCUGCUCCCCAGGCUAUGAACUAUCCUUUCCUGCUGUUUUGACCUGUGUUGGGAAUGGAACUUGGAGUGGCGAGGUACCUCAGUGCUUACCAAAGUUUUGUGGUGAUCCUGGAGUACCUGCUCAAGGGAAAAGAGAAGGCAAGAGCUUCAUCUACCAGUCAGAAGUCUCUUUUAGCUGCAAUCCUCCAUUUGUUUUGGUUGGGUCCAGUACUAGGAUAUGCCAAGCAGAUGGAACUUGGAGUGGUUCUUCUCCUCGAUGUAUAGAACCCACUCGCACAUCAUGUGAAAACCCUGGAAUCCCACGGCAUGGAUCACAAAACAAUACAUUUGGCUACCAGGUGGGAAAUGUUGUUCAAUUUCAAUGUAAAAAAGGACACCUUCUCCAAGGAUCUACAACCCGAACUUGCCUCCCUGAUCUUACGUGGAGUGGGAUUCAGCCAGAAUGUAUACCACACAGCUGUAAACAACCAGAGACUCCAGUUCACGCUAAUGUGGCUGGAAUGGAUCUUCCUUCACUUGGCUAUACAUUGAUUUAUACCUGUCAGUCAGGCUUCUUCCUAGCAGGAGGAUCAGAACACAGAGUCUGUAGAUCUGAUGGCACAUGGACUGGAAAAGUUCCAGUUUGUGAAGCUGGAUCAAAAAUAUUGGUGAAAGACCCUAGACCAGCUUUGGGAACACCGAGUCCUAAACUAAGUGGGGUGUAUAAAAGUCAGGAAGCUCGAUUGAUGCUCCAUAUAUAUCUUAUUAAAGCACCAUCUCAUACUUCUGUGAGCAAGAUGAAAGAGGAAAAAUGGGCUAUGGAUGGUUUUGUUUCUGCUGAACCUGAUGGAGCUACAUAUGUUUUUCAAGGAUUUAUCCAGGGUAAAGAUUAUGGACAAUUUGGACUUCAAAGAUUAGGUCUGAACAUGUCUGAAGGUUCGAAUUCUUCUAAUCAACCACAUGGUACAAAUAGUAGUUCUGUGGCCAUUGCUAUCCUUGUGCCUUUCUUUGCCCUUAUAUUUGCAGGUUUUGGGUUUUACCUUUAUAAACAAAGGACUGCACCUAAAACACAGUAUACAGGAUGCUCUGUUCAUGAAAAUAACAAUGGACAAGCUGCUUUUGAAAACCCCAUGUAUGACACAAAUGCAAAGUCUGUAGAAGGAAAAGCUGUACGAUUUGACCCCAACUUGAACACUGUCUGCACAAUGGUAUAA